AUGCGAAUGAAAAAUAGCUACCUCGCUGUACUGAAACUUUUGAAGGGGAAAAAACAUCCCCUUGAUGCUAAAAAAGGCGGGUGUCAUAGAAGGUACUUCCAUAGUAGUAGCAGCAUUGUUGAGAGAAAAAAAAAAGUGAGCACCCACAUAUCCUACUCUCUGCCUGCGCAAAGGGAGAAUGAAAAAUACAGUUUUGAAGUCCUCAUGAAAACGAUGAAAAACAGGGCAGACGAAUAUAACCUUAUAAAGAUAAAAGAAGCACAAAAUAAAAUACUAAUUCAUUUAAACACAUUUACAAUCAACCAAGUGGUAUCCACGCUCGUCCUCUCGCACAAGUAUAAUAUGCUUAAUUUUAAAAUUCUUCACGCAAUCAUAGAGCAUUUGUUUCGCCAUUCCUGUUUCUUGAAUAGCAAACAUUUGUACGUGUUAGUUUCGAUCGUAAGGAAGAUACACCUCGACAACGUCGUCUACCCGUCGCAAAGAGACAACCACGAGAGUAGGGACAAUCACAAUGCUCACUUGGAGGACUACCUAGAAGAUUGUGAUAAUACAUCAACGUACGACCUGUACAUUCGUCUUCACUUCCAUUUGCUAAAAAAUAUGCUCACAGAGUGCGAAUUUAUCGACAACAAAUUCGUAAUGGAAAAAAUAGAAAAUGGCACAAGUAUAAAUGAGGACGUGUAUAGAGAUGCAAAGCUAUACCUUGAAGUGUUUUCUUUAUUUUUUCAAAACAUGGAAAGGGUUACGGAAAGGAUUAAUCAUUUAAAGGUCUUCCAUUUGAAUAUCCUCUCGCACGAGUUGUUCAAACAUCUCUGUAACGAUGGAGCAUGUAAAAAUGUAAACAUAUAUUACGCCUUCCUCAGGAGAGUAUCAUGUGAGUCUAUUCUGAAGGGGGAAGCAAACCCCGACGUCUGCUAUUGCCUUUUGAGCGUUUUGUACUACCUCAAAAGGGGGAACAUGCUGAAUUGUGAGAUCCGCCCCUUUGGUUACCCUCCUUUUGGAGAGCCCACAUUCGACUUGCAAAAAAUCCAGGACAGGUACUCCCUCUUUUUAAACUCGCUUAACCAGUACACCCUACACGACCUUCUCAUACCACCGCACGAAGCCAAAGAAGCAAUCAACACAAAUUGCGAUACUCCCAUAAAACGCACCCCCAAUGGGGAACCACCAACAAUUGAACAAUCACCCCACAACUUGAGGGACAACUUUUUAGUCCACUUCAUGGCAGAAUUUACCUUCAACGUCGUGUGUUACCUAAACAGGAUAGAUACCUACGAACAACUUUUUAUUUUAAAACAUUUAAUCCUCUUGAAUUUGAAGAAUGAAUACCUAAUCGAUGUGCUGAAAGAACGUCAACGUAAUUUCUUUAUACAAAAGAAGCACUACACGGAUAGGAAGCACUUUUUUUAUUUUGUAGAGUAUUUGUUCACAUCUUUUAUUUAUUCUACCCAUGAGUUCCUCAAUCUGAUACAUUUGAUAGACCUCCGAAAGUUUCAAAUUGUGUUGGACGCAAUAGGACGGACGAAAAAAUUCACCCAUAAAGUAAAAAAAAUAUUCGAUGCCGUUAAUGUGAUACUGAACCAGCGGAAGCACAAUUGUGUAAAAAUCGACACCAAAAAAAAAGUGCGAAACAACCAAUUUGAAAACAAGUCCACUGCCCUACCAGAGGACACAACCCAGGUACAACGUUUUCAGAACAUCCUCUACGAUUUUUUAUUUUUAUAA